AUGCAUGCUCUCUUAAAGUUGCAAAAUACGGACCCGUUUGACAGAAAACGUAACGCGAAAAAGGCACGAUCAAGAAGGUCAAUGCUUUUGAAAGAGAAUCGUUCCAAACGUCAAAAAUACAAUCCUCACCAACAGUUGCCGCUUGAUGCAAUUAUUAAUACACCAAUGUCAUUGACGCCGAGGCAACCUUUGUCCGAGUUGACUCCAUCAUUUCAAAAUAUUACUACAAGAACGAGAAUUUCUGGACAGUCAGUUGGUAUAAGUGUAGGUUUUGAAGGUUCGGAACCUAGCGUAACAAGACACGCCUUUAAAACAAAUAUAAGGUCCCGACCGAUAGAUGAAUUGGCAACAAAUCUAUUUUCAAAAUUUGCAUCCAGUUCUACAGCGAAGGAAAAUGAGGGAUUUACUCCUUCCUCAUUGAAAGCUAAUCAAAACCGGUCUCCUCAUGAAAACAUCGUCGGUGAAGCUGGAAGCUUGAAAGUUGAUUACAUCCCUGUUUAUAAUGGUUUCCAUGGUUUUAUUGUUAACAGCUUACCACUAAUUCCCAGACCAGUGCGAGGUAGGCAUAAGAAUCACUAUGGAGUUCCAAAUAUGGCUAGGAACUUAACCAGAAAGUUUCCUAUACCGGAAAGAGAGGAAGGGCAUCACACAGCGAAGGUGAACCUCGGUUACACCGGACAAACAAGUAAUGUCAUUAACACACCGCCUCCUGCUCGCCAAAUAGGAAAGAUAUCCAACAAUCAUGUUUCUCACGAGGUAACGCAAAUGUCACAGUCCAUGACCAAUCACCAUCGUAGAACGGAGCCAUCCUGUCCUAUUUUUACACCUACGAUUAAUAUGGAUUUUAAUAGCGACUCCGAUGAGGACAGCGACUACGACCCGUUUGCAGCAUACCUAUCCGACGAGGAAAACUGUUCUGACUCAGAAGAUCUUGAAGCACCAUUUACAAUCAAUGACAAUGCAACCGGAAAUUCUGAAGAAUAUUACGAUAUCGGUUCCCCUCUUAUCGAAUGUUGUUAUUGCAAAGCAAGGAUGUGGUAUCAAGAAAGGAUGCACAAAAGUACACAUUCAGCUAAACCAAAGUUUAUGAUGUGCUGUGGUAACGGCAAAGUUGAACUACCGAUGCUAAAACAGCCUCCUGAGCUACUUGCAAAAAAUUUAUUUGAUCACGAGAGUAUAGUUAGCCGGAAGUUUCAACAACAAAUCCGACUAUACAAUAUGAUGUUUGCAUUCACAUCACCGGGAGCAAAGAUAGACAAUCGUUUUAACAAUGGUCGCGGCCCUCCAACAAUGAGGAUACAAGGUCAAACGUGUCAUCGAAUUGGAAGUUUGCUGCCUCCUCAAGGGCAGAAACCAAAAUUCGCACAGUUAUAUAUAUAUGACACGGAAAACGAAGUCGAUAACCGGAUGCAUGGACUUAGGAACAAGGAGAACAUUGAUUCUGAUGUUGUCAACCAGUUGUCCAAUAUGCUAUACGAAUUCAAUCCUCAUGCAAAAAGCUUUCAAAUGGCGAAACAAUGGUUAAACAAUGGGGAAACUCAAAACCUCAAGCUACGCCUCAUUUCUAAUCGAGCCACCGAUGGAAGGGUAUAUAACCAACCUACUGUGUCUGAAGUUGCAGCCUUGGUUGUUGGUGAUAUUGACACGGCAGAAAUGCGUGAUAUCAUUAUGCAAACAAGAGGUGGGGGACUUCAGAGAAUCAACGAACUGCACGCUGCUUACAUGGCUUACCAGUAUCCUUUGAUUUUUCCCUAUGGUGAGGACAGUUAUAGACCUGAUGUGGCUCAUAGGGACUUGCCUGCCAACAAUAACAGCAUACAAAAUAGGCUCACAAUUCGGGAGUUCUUGGCAUACCGAAUUCAAACCUGGUUAAAUGAAGCUAAGACUUUAUUAUCUUCUAGAAGGUUGUUCCAGCAAUUUCUGGUCGAUGGUUACACAAUGUUAGAGUCUGAGAAACUAGAAUGGCUACGUAAAAAUCAACCAAAACUUCGAGUUUCCAAGUACAACUCUUUAAAUGAAGAGGGAGACCAAAGUCAAGCCCAAGGGAACAGCAUAGGUAAACGAGUGGUUUCGCCUUCCUUAUUUGUCGGAGGUCGUAGGUUUAUGGAUCAAUUGUACUAUGAUGGAAUGACUAUAUUCAGUAAAGUUGGAUUUCCUGAUUUGUUUAUUACCUUUACAUGUAAUCCAAAUUGGCCUGAGAUUCAGAGAGUACUUAGACAUCUUCAUUUAAAACCUCAAGAUCGACCGACUAUCAUCUCAAGAGUCUUCAAAAUCAAGUUUGAUCAAUUGCUUACAGAUUUAACCAAAAAGGGUGUUCUUGGCAAAGUACUUGCCUAUAUGUACACCAUUGAGUUUCAAAAGAGAGGAUUGCCUCAUGCCCAUAUUUUGAUCUUCUUGCAUCCUUCAAACAAAUAUCCAGGUCUAGAAGACAUUGACAAGAUCAUUAGUGCUGAAGUGCCCCAUCCCGAAACACACCCUCGGUUGUAUAGUUUGGUCAAAGCUCACAUGGUUCAUGGUCCUUGUGGUUUGCCAAAUCCCAAAACACCUUGCACGAAAGAUGGGAGGUGCACCAAGUUUUACCCUAAGAAAUUUCAACCUACGACGAUCGUGGACCAAGAAGGGUAUCCUAUUUAUAGGAGAAGAGACAACAAACACACAAUUGAAAAAAAUGGACUCAUAUUUCACAGUGGUCAUAUUGUUCCUCACAAUCCAAGUUUGUUGUUGAAGUACGAAGCCCACAUUAACAUGGAAUGGUGCAACCAAAGUACUUCUAUCAAAUACCUUUUCAAGUAUAUAAACAAAGGAUCCGAUAGAAUUUCUGCAAUCAUACAAGGCCAAGAUAAAAACAACGUCGACGAGAUCAAACAAUAUUUGGAUUGUCGAUACAUCUCCCCAAGUGAAGCAUACUGGAGGAUAUUUUCCUAUUCUAUACAUGGCAGAAAGCCAGCUGUAGAAAGAUUGUUUUUCCACAUGGAAGGUGAAAACUCUGUGUACUACAAAGACUAUGAGCAGGUUGGUGAUGUGUUGCUCAAACCAAGUGUAACCGAGUCUAUGUUUACAGCAUGGUUCGAAGAAAACAAAACUUAUGAGGAAGCAAGAUUACUAACUUAUGGGGACUUUGUUUCUAAAUUUGUUUAUCAUAAACGAAGUCGAAGUUGGAAACCAAGGAAACGAGGGUAUACCAUUGGUCGACUCAUUUGGGUUCCUCAAAGCACUGGCGAGUUGUUUUAUUUAAGGAUGAUGCUCACUGUCAAAAAGGGUCCUUUAUUCUAUCAGGACAUCAAAACGCUUGACUGUAAGAAGCUAAAAACAUUUAGAGAUGCAUGCUUUGCAAUGGGAUUUUUACAAGACGAUCGUGAAUUUGUCGAGGCCAUCAAAGAGGCACAUCAGUGGGGUUCAGGUCAUUUUUUACGCAAACUAUAUGUUACCAUGUUACUAUCUUCAUCGAUGAAUAGACCCGAACAUGUUUGGAGAAAGACUUGCAUGUAUUUAUUAGAUGGCAUUCUUUAUGAUCAACGAGUCUUCGCAAGAGAUCAAGGUAUUUAA